AUGGGAUUCAAAGGGUAUUCUACAGCAUCCGACCUAAACACAAAAAAAAGCCGUCUGGGAUGCUCUGUAUGUAAAAAAAAAAUCAAUAAGGAUACUCCGAUUGAACAUUUUUCAUCAAAACCCUGGAUUGAUAAAAAACAUUUUAAAAACAAGGUUUCUGACAAAAAAAUUAGAAAAUGUGAUUAUAUUAAAUUAUCUCCAUCUGCAACAUCAAGUCCUAAAAUUAGUGAAUGUUACUGUAAUCGUAUGGAACAAACAAAAAAUGAAUCCUUUCCAAAAUUAAUGUGCUCGAAGCGUUUUAAAACCCCACACCUGUCAGAUGUUGACGAAAAGUGGUUGAAUGAAAUUAUUGAAUUCAGACGUCAAAAUUGGUUUGAUUGUCACGCCGAUUCAUCUAUUGAUGGAAUUAUUGUUCAAAAUAUUAUUCCUCUAAAUAUUUUUAACAAACACAAUCUAAAUUGUAGUCAUCAAAAUAAUUCAAUAUCAUACACUUCUAUUGAUGAUAAUGAGCAUUGA